GUGAUGGCACUCAGCUGGCAAGAGGAGAGCUGCCUUUGCAGUGGUGGCACCGCCGGGACUGUGAAGGCAUGGGAUCUCAACUCUACGGCUGGAGCUCUCUGGACCUGCUGCGUGUGUUGUCUGGUGGUUGGCCACUCCGAGGGGCUCUGUUGGGUGGACGGCCGAACCGGGCAACCCGUGGGGCACAUCGAGGGCCUCGGGCAGGCCUACGCCAGUGCCUCGAUCACCGAGGACCUCCGUAUCGUUGCAUUUGGAAGGAAGCUGAUGGCUCUGGACCGGCGCGCUGCCGCCCCUGCUCCCGAAACCGCUGCGACUUUGGAUGCGGCUGCCCUGAGCCUGAGCCUCCACAGCUGUGGGGAGAGCAUGCAGAGCAUGCUGGUCGGCUCGAAGGAUGGUGCCGCGCAGCUUUAUGCAGUGCAUGCGCGAUGUCAUUGCUGA